AUGAAGCUGUGGACUCAGGAUGACGAAGACGCUGCGGUGCCAUCAAGUCCAAAACCACGAAAGAUCGUCUUCGUAAACAGUUCUGCAUCGCUUGUUCCGGCACCUGGCUACCUAGCAUACUCCGCCGCCAAAGCUGCCCAACGCUCACUUGCCGACACCCUACGCAUGGAAGUAAUGCGGUACUCAGGCCCAAAGAGCACAUACACCGUACAAUGUAUCUUUGCACACAACUUCAUCACGCCAACGUUCCUGCAAGAGCAAAAGACUAAACCCGAACUUACCAAGCGCAUUGAAGGCACGUCGGGCGAGCUUCACGAGUUGGAGAAGCAAUUUCCCUACGCUGCGAAGAUUGCGCCCGAGAUUGUGGCAAAUGUAGCGAGCGGCGACUAUGCUGUUUGUGAUGGGAGCGUCAAAGAUCUCAGGAAACGUAUCGACUUCUAUGAAGAAAUCACCAUCUUCGCUUGGCCGUCAUGCGGAGGUGUGAUAGUGCUCGAGAGGCCCUGUCCAGCAGAUUUCGACUUUCUCGGACUCGACCGUCUCGAUCCACCGAAGAAGCGUCACGCCACUCGACAAGAGGAAGACGACUUUGCUCAGCGCUUACUAUUGCUCGGUGGGAAGUGGUGGGAUUCUCCCGCUAGACACUCCCUGUUCACUCAACCCGACCACUUGCAAGAUGAGGACGAAAUGGCUGCUCUCCCUGAGCCGACGGCAAGGGAAAACGCGUGGGUUGGUGUCGCAUGGCCUAGUUCAGGUGGAUUGGUCGUAGCUGAGUGGCCGACCAUGAUGUACCCUGGUGGACGCAUGGACGACGUCGUUCCAGACGACGUGUCGAGAUUAUUCCUGUGUAUGACAAUGGACGAGAAGGCGGCAGUGCUGAUGGACAGACUCGAAGGGAAAUGGUGGACAGGAGUCGAGGAUUACGAGGGCAAGGCUUUCAUUGGCAGCUGGGGAAACCAUCGAGGCGAAGUUGGCGGACUUCAACAAACGUGGCCAAACGAGGGAGCGAGCCAGAAUCCUGGUAGUGAAGCUCUGCCUGGUCAACGAGUUCUCUCAUCCAGAGAAUCAAACUUCGAUGUAGGAAAAUAUUGCUGA